AUGGCUUUUCUAGCUUCGAAGCGGGCAACUCCGGUGCCUGAGGUUCAGGAUGUUGGUAGUAGUGACGAGUACUCGGACUACGAACAGGAUGCGAAGGCCAACAGCCUGAAAGAGGUCGUGGACAAAUUCUCCCUUGAGUCAUUUAGCAAUAAAAAGGACACUUCAAUACAGAGGCAGGACCCGAAUUUUGGUUAUAAGGACUUCUCGUCGCUAUCCUUGAAACCGGACCACGCGAACCGGCCCCUAUGGAUCGACCCUUUGAAAGGCACCAUCACCUUGGAGAGUUUCUCUCCACUAGCCCCUCAAGCGCAGGACUUUUUGACCACUAUUGCCGAGCCGCUAUCGCGUCCGACCCAUCUACACGAAUAUCGGCUCACCGGAAAUAGCUUAUAUGCAGCUGUAUCCGUCGGUCUCCUGCCUCAGGAUAUCAUCAACUUCCUUGAUCGGUUGACGAAAACGCCGCUUCCGGAUACGAUCAAAUCCUUCAUCAUCGACUUUACAAAGUCUUACGGGAAAAUUAAGGUCGUUCUGAAACACAAUCGCUUUUUCGUCGAGAGCACGGAUCCAGCCAUGCUUCAGAUGCUUCUCCAGGACGAGGUCAUCGGGCCUCAGAGGCUACAAGGGAGCGAGGGAAUCAUCCAGCAAGCAGCCCCGAAAAUGAGCGGUCUUGUCAUUCCUGGUACGAAGGAUGCGGCAGGAGUGAGGCAGACAUCCGAUCAGAAGGUGGCGGACGAUGCCAGAGGGGAAGGCCACCAGGAGGACGAUCUCCUCUUAGCUAUCCGCGAUGAUGACGACGAUGAUGAGCAGGCCCAGGUCCACAGUUUUGAGAUUCCCAACGAAGCAGUGGAGGCGGUUAAAGCACGCUGUCAGGCCAUGGGUUGCCCGGCAUUGGAGGAGUAUGACUUCCGAAACGACGACAUCAAUCCCACAUUAGAUAUCGAUUUGAAACCGAAUGCCCGGAUCCGAAGCUACCAGGAGAAAAGCUUGAGUAAAAUGUUCGGCAACGGACGUGCCAAAAGUGGCAUUAUUGUCCUUCCCUGUGGUGCGGGGAAGACUUUGGUCGGUAUCACCGCUGCAUGCACGAUCAAAAAAGGAACUAUCAUCCUUUGCACCAGCUCCAUGUCCGUAGUGCAAUGGAGGAACGAGUUUCUGCGAUGGUCGAACAUCGACCCUGGUGACAUUGCGAUUUUCACGUCAGACAAUAAAGAGAAAUUCCGCCGGUCGACUGGUAUUAUUGUAUCUACGUACUCCAUGGUUUCACAGACCAGGGCCCGAUCUCACGACGCACAGAAGAUGAUGGAUUGGAUCCAAUCACGGGAAUGGGGUCUCAUGAUUCUUGACGAGGUCCACGUGGUGCCAGCAUCCAUGUUCCGAAAGGUCACUUCUGCCAUCGCAACGCAGAGCAAGCUCGGUUUGACUGCGACAUUGCUUCGUGAAGAUGACAAGAUCAAGGAUUUGAACUUCCUGAUUGGCCCCAAGUUGUACGAGGCCAACUGGAUGGAGCUGGCCGAACAAGGGCACAUUGCUAAGGUCCAGUGCGCCGAGGUAUGGUGUCCAAUGACGACGGAAUUCUAUUCUGAAUACAUGAGGGAGAAAUCCCGGAAGGCUGCCCUUCUUUACAUCAUGAACCCACGCAAGUUCCAAGCCUGUCAGUUCCUUAUCGAUUACCACGAGAAACGAGGGGACAAAGUCAUUGUGUUCUCGGACAAUGUUUAUGCCCUUGAACGGUAUGCGCUGAAGCUAAAUAAGGCCUAUAUCUACGGAGGAACUCCGCAGAACGAGCGCAUGCGCAUUCUGGAGAACUUCCAACACAACGAACAAGUCAACACCAUCUUCCUGUCCAAGAUCGGAGAUACUUCUCUCGACUUGCCUGAGGCCACCUGUCUAAUCCAAAUCUCGUCUCACUAUGGCUCUCGUCGUCAAGAAGCGCAACGACUCGGCCGUAUUCUACGGGCGAAGCGCCGAAAUGACGAGGGCUUCAAUGCAUUCUUUUACUCGCUUGUGUCGAAGGAUACAGACGAAAUGUUCUACUCCUCCAAACGGCAAGCGUUCCUCGUCGACCAGGGUUACGCAUUCAAGGUGAUCACCCACCUGCAGGGCAUAGAGAACUUGAAAGGUCUCGCAUAUGCAACGCCGGGAGAGCGCCGGGAGCUAUUGCAAGAAGUCAUGCUGCAGAAUGAGACGUCGGCCGAAGUGGAGAACGUCACCGAUGAUCUAUUCUCGGAGCGAAGCGGAGGCGCCAGAGGCAAGGGUAAAGGAGCUGUAAAACGCAGCGCGGCCACCCUGAGUGGAUUGGCCGGUGGCGAGGAUAUGGCGUAUAUCGAGUACAACAAGAGCAGGAACAAACAGUUGAAGGACAAGACGGGCCACCAUCCACUGUUCCGAAAACUGGAGCGGGAGCGCUUAAAACGGAAGAAGGAGAUGCAGGACUUUAUCCGUUGA